AUGGUCUCUACUGUCCACGAGACGAGAGAACACUCUGCGGGCAUGGUCUCUACUGUCCACGAGACGAGAGAACACGCUGCGGGCAUGGUCUCUACUGUCCACGAGACGAGAGAACACGCUGCGGGCAUGGUAUCUACUGUCCACGAGACGAGAGAAUACGCUGCGGGCAUGGUCUCUACUGUCCACGAGACGAGAGAACACGCUGCGGGCAUGGUCUCUACUGUCCACGAGACGAGAGAACACACUGAGAGCAUGGUCUCUACUGUCCACGAGACGAGAGAACACACUGAGAGCAUGGUCUCUACUGUCCACGAGACGAGAGAACACACUGAGAGCAUGGUCUCUACUGUCCACGAGACGAGAGAACACACUGAGAGCAUGGUCUCUACUGUCCACGAGAUUAGAGAACAAAUAUCGAUUAUUAUCACCGCAAGAAAUUAA